AUGAAUUCUCUUGAAACCGUUGGUUACAUCGAGCAUGACGGUCUUUUCCUUGCAUUUACUCUUGAACCAAGCAAGGACAACAAAAAACACCCUUGUAUCCCUUUCGGUACAUUUAAUAUCAUGCGUGAAUAUCCAUCUUCUAAAUUCGGUAUGGUACCUGCUUUGAUGAAAGUUCCUUAUCGUACUGGCAUACUUAUCCACUCUGGGAAUGUUGCGUCUCAGUCUCAAGGCUGCAUAUUAGUCGGUGAUGAUAUAGAAAAUAGUCCUCGUGGCUGCCAUUUUAUCACCCAUUCCAAAGUUACACUUUCUAUGUUACACUGGAAGUUCGGUUUUAUCUCGUUCGGUUCUCAUGGAGGAAAGGUUCUUAACUCAUUCGCUGCAACUAAAUAUGUAUGUAAGUAUAUUCGUAAAGACGCUCAGUCUAUAGAUGAUGAAAAUAAACUUCCUGUAUCUAUUCGCCCUUUCUCACCUCUUAUCUCCAAUGGUAUAGGCUUUCACGUUUAUAAGGAUUUGAGCGAAAAUGAUAUAUUAGAUCUCUUCCGCAAAGGUUCUGUUACUCUCUUGGACGCUGCAGGUAACCCUAAAGUAUUUCCUAUUCCUACGUAUUACAGGCGUAAACUACUCUACGAUGUUUCCCGUAUCUACUCCGUUGAUAGUUCUCAGUUCGCAGACACAGAGCAAUUAGACGGUGUAAACCGAUUUUACUAUGAUGUUCAGUCUAUGCAGUUGCAAGAGUUCUCUCAGGAGUACAAGGAUUUCAUUUCCUCCGCUAAACUCUAUGAUAUUAAAACCAAUUUUCGCCUUAUUCCGAAAAAGAUAUACUAUAAUGUCCGUUAUGAGGAGUAUCUUAAUGCAGUUAAGUACACUCGUGACGCUCUUAUUAACAUAUUGUCUAACUUCAAAAACAUUAUUACUGAUGACAAAAUUUCUCAAAUUGCUGCGGUUACUCAUAGAAAUUAUCCCGCUGCUCAUGUCCUUUUUCAAUCUCUGCAAGCCGAGUUCAGGUGCGACAACUUCACCCGAGCCAGUGAGUACAUCGGAUUCUACCGAUGCCGAUUCAUUCCCUAUACCCUCUUAGCACAUGAUAACAAUUUCCAUGCUGCCACUGUUCAUCGCAUCUGA